GGGAGCAGGUUAGGCCGGUACUGCGACUGUCUGGGCGGUUUCACCCAGUUAACCUGUCUGGGAGGAGCUGCUAACUCUGUCCCUGCGUUAAACCCGGUCCCACACAGAGAGACGGGGACAGCUCCAAGAGACAACAGCAGAACAGAGGACAGAUCUGAGUGGGAUCUCUGUGGCCCACUGCAACCACCAGGAUGCUUAAGAAAAACAAGGAGAGUACCCUCAAGAUGUCGGGGAAGAUCAGCAAGACCCAGGCCGGUGCCUUGGCCUUGUUGAUCCAACAAAUGCAGAAAAACGCCGACCAGGUGGAGAAGGACAUCCUCCGGGCUGAAGACCUGCUGGCAGUGGACGACAAAAACGACAAACAAGAGCUGCCCCUGCAACACCAGGAGGAGAUCUCAGACAGGCUGGGCGAGGCCGAGGGUCUGCUCAAGGACCUGUUCCUCGAUGUGGACAAAGCCAAAAAGCUCCAUCAUCCACAGGCCAAAGACAUCGAGAGCGAUGUGAUCCUUCUCCAUGAGCGCUGGCUGAAGGACUGUACGUUCUACAGAGACAUAUAUGAGCAGAUCGACGAUGUGUCCCUUAUGCCAAGGAUUGACUGGGGACCUGUUUUUGCCCAGAAGCAGAAGCAGCUGGCUGACUCAGAUCAGUACGGUCCCACCAUGGCCGACCUGGAGAGGCAGAUCGCAGCACAUAACAUUUUGCACAAAGAAGUGGAGGCUUACAGUUCCCAGCUCUGUGUCAGCUCCGCCGGCAGCAAGGAGUCAUACACAGCCUUCAAGAAACAAUACAACAACAUACUGGACAACUCAAAGUGGCGCCGGCAUUACCUGACCAGCCUGUACGAGUACAUGCAAGGCUGCAACAAAGAGCUCACCUUCCUCCAAGAGGAACAGGACAAGAUCAAGAAGCAGGACUGGAGUGAACGCAUGGUCGACCCCCCCGACGUGCGGCGCCAGUAUGAGAACUUCAAAAACAACAGUCUGCUAUCGCAUGAGACUGAGGUGAACAAGCUUCAAGAUGAAGGAGACCGACUUGUUGAGUUGAAGCAUCCUGCCAGUGCCACCAUCACGGCACAGAGAGAUGCUGUACGUAACGAGUGGCAGCAGUUCCUCAACCUCUGCAUCUGCCAAGAAACACAUCUGGACAAUGUGGAAGAGUACAAGAAGUACCACAUGGACUGUGACCAGCUCUCCGAAACCCUGACCAAACUCAACAGCAGCUUGGAUCCAAAAGCCAUCUCCAAAAGAAGCAACUAUGAGACUCUGAUGCAGCUGGAGGGAGAGGAGAAGGAUGUGCAGAACAGCGAGCAGCUCCUGGCCGACCUAAGGAGACGCAGCACCAGCAUCGCUCCCCUGAAACUUCGCCGUGGCACGUCCUCCCGCCCUGUCACCGUGGAGUCACUGUGUGACUGGGACUCUGAAAACGGUUCCCUCAACAGAGGUGAGAAAUUCACGCUGAAGUCCAUCAAUGAUGAGAAGUGGAGCAUUAUGUCACCUGGAGGAGCCACACAGACGGUUCCUGGAGUGUGCUUCCAGAUCCCGCCUCCAGACCCAGAGGCCAUUGACAAAGUGGACCUACUGGGGGCUGAACUAGCAGACAUCCAGAAGAAAAGAGCUGCAGUGGAGGCAUCACUCAAGAACCACAAAAAAGAGGUUGACAGAGUUCAGCAAUCUGCAGCUCCUGUGGCGUCUGCCACUGUCGACCCCAAAGCCCGUGCACUGGCUGAUCAGCUGUCCAAACUGGACAGUGACUUGGCUAAAGCUGAAGCGGAUUUACUGAACCGCCUCCGAACCCCUUUGGACCGGUCUGACCCCACCGGGGACCUGGCCAAAAAGCUGAGAGAUCAGGAGGAAGCGGCUAAGGCGUUGAAAGCUCUGGAGCAGCAGAGGCGAGCUGCUCAGGCCGAUCUGCAGCCGCUGCUCUCAAGUGGAGCCUCGGCUUCACUGCCUCAACAACUGUCAUCUUUUAACAACAAGCAGGACAAUCUUGCAGGGCUUUCUGACCUCUAUGCUAAAAAAGCAAACGCAUCCCUAAACCUGGAGCGGCAGAUUCAGAAAGUGGAUGGCAUCGUAUCAAACUUGGAGAAUAACCUAAGUGCAGAUGGCCCCAUUAGUGACGAUCCAAAUGCUGUCCAGAGGCGUGCUGAGGACAUUCGGAAUCAGAAAAGAGCAGUGGCUGCAGCUGACGGAGACAUGAAGAAGCUGAGCAAGGAUCUGGAGCUUACUGAGCAGCUGUGCAGCUCUUUGCAGCAAAGCUACCAGGAAUACUGCCCCGACAUCCAACGCCAACGCACUGAAGUCAAGAAACUGCAGACCCGCUACACCAAUGUGGGCAACCAGCUCAACGAGAGGCAAAACAUUUUGCAAGAAGUUGGCACCAAGAACCAAGAAUUUCAAAGCACUUCCAAAUCACUCAACUCUUUUCUGGACAACAUGCCAACCAACCAGAUCAGCCCCUAUGAUGACCUGUCCCAAAUCAGUAUGAAGCAGAACUCUCAGGAGAGAGUUAUGGAUGACCUGAAGAGGAAACGUGAUGAUCUGGACCGGCUGUCUGAUCUGUCCAUGGACCUACAGAAUCUGCUCAAUGAUUAUGAGACCAAUGUUGAUAAAUACAAUGGGACUCUGGAGGACUCUGGCAUCUCAGUCGCUAAGCAACCAUACGUGCCAACUCUUUCUAGUGCCAUUGAAAAAGAGGAAAAGAGUCUGAUCAACCGUUAUUCUGAGGCCACUGCUGAGAACACACAGCGGCAGAAACAGAUGGGUCUGGCCAAGAAUCUGGUUGUACAAAAUGAAGAAAAAGUUCAAAUGGUCGCCCAGCAACAAGUCCAGCUGGAAAAUCAGCAAAAAAGUGUGUUUGAAUUGAGCAAUUUGAAGAAAGAGCUAGAUGAGGAGAGGGAGAGAAACCAGCACGCUGAGACCAAUUUAAAAACCUUCAAAGAGAGGAUGUUGUCCCUGCAAAGCCGCAGAGGUGUAGAGCGUGUUGAGGAAAAAGAAGUGCUGCAGUAUUACCGCGAUCCAAAACUUGAAACUGAUCUAAUGGAUCUCCAAAAGAUCCUACACGAAGAGACCCUCAAACGUACCACUACCCAGAGUGACAUUGAGCUGACUAACAGUAGGAUUACUAUAGUUGAGGACAACAUCAAGAACGCGCCACGCAAACUGGUGACAAAAGAGGUGACAGAAUUUGAGAGAGAUCCCCAGCUUGACAUAGAGGCUGCCAAAAUGAGGAAUGAGAUUUCAAAGAUGAGGGAUGAAAUUCGGGUGAGGGAUGGCGAACAUGUUCAGGCCAGAACCGAGAUAACAAUUUUACAGCAAAAGAGGCCACCCAUUAAGGAAAGAGUGGUCAAGAAGGAAGUGGUUAAAGUGGAGCAGGAUCCAGAAAUGAUCAAGUCUGUCAAGACCUUCCAGACCGAGCUCUCCGAUGAGAGCAACAGGAUUACAAUGCUCAAUGAUCAGAUCUUUCAAACAAGGAGCAUGAUCAACAGCCUUGAGAGGCUCAUCCCCAACAUCCAACCCAAGAUCAUCAAAAAGGAGGUCAAGAAGGUUGAACAGGACCCAGAACUUAUAACUGAAUCAGAAAAGAUUCGGGUAAACCUAGAAAAUGAGAGAGGCGAAAAUAGCGCUUUGUCCAGAGAGGUAACAGAGCUGCAGAGUCGCUACAGAGAAGUUCAGCUCUUUAAACCCAGAAUUGAGGUGAAGGAGAUAGUAAACGAGAUCUACCACAUUGAUCCAAGCACCGAGAUGGAGAUAACACGUCUCAGGAAAGACAUACAGGAGUCUUCCAGGCAGCGUAGUGACCUGGACAGAGAAAUCACCCAACUCACUUCAGAGCUCAAUCACCUCCGCUCUCAGAAGCCCAAAAUAGAGCAUAAGGAAGUUCUUCAAGAAGUGAUCAAAGAGGAGCGCAGUCCUGAGAAUGAGAGAGAAAUACAAAGGCUAAACAGUCAGGUCAACAGCUUGUACAACACAUACAGCUCCCUCCAAGACCAAGUGCUGCGGCUCAGGAGCGAGAGGGACGAAUUGAAGAUCGAAAAGUCUAAGAUUGAAACUCAACUGGUGACGAAGGAAGUUGUUAAAUAUCAGAAUGACCCGUUGCUUGAGAAAGAAGCUGAUCGUUUGAGGAAGAAUGUUCGAGAGGAAGCGCAGAUGCGGCGCAACAUCGAAGAGAUGGUCUACGACUUGAAAAAUAAAUAUAUACUGCUUGAGCGUCAGAAGCCAGAAGAGAAGGUGGUAGUGCAAGAGGUCGUGCGUCUACAGAAAGACCCACGUCAAAUGCAUGAGCAUGACCGCCUCAGUAGGAAUUUGGAUGAGGAAAUCCAGACGCGCCGUCAGAUAGAUCUCGAAAUUCAGCAGCUGAGAACAAGGCUAGCGGACAAAGAGAGGAUGCUCAGAGACAGUGACGAGCGCCAAAAAAGGAUUCAGGCCGAGUCUGAGUUGCGAGACAUCAGACUGCGCAUUACACAGCUGGAAAAUGCCCCUCCUCCUGUUGAAGAGAGCAUUGUGGUGGAGGAAGUUCUGAAGGUUGAGAGGGACCCCAAAUUGGAGAGGAUGACAAACGGUUUACGAGCUGACAUGGACAAGGAAACCAGUAACAUCCUGCGCAUCCAAAGGGAGAUCCGUAACCUUACAGUGAAGCUGGAGAUUUUACAGAGGGAGAAAUCAGGUGAGAAGACAGUGUACAAAGAGGUGGUGCGUGUGGAAAAGGACCAGGUAGUGGAAUCAGAGCGAGAACGCCUCCGGGAACAAGUAACACAGCAGAGAUUCGCCAGAGAGGAUGUGGAAGAUGAACUGAGACGGCUGAAUGACAAGAUCAACCUACUGAUGAGCAGCAAGAGCAGCACCUCCAGGGAGGAGACAACACUAACUCUGAACAAAGACGCCCUGCAGAGAGAGAGAGACGACCUCAUCCGUGAGCUGAGGACCCUGGAAACCAAGAGCCAAGACGUAAGCUUUUCUUUCCAGCAGCAAAGCAAACUCAUGAGUGAGAGAACACAGAUGUCACGGCAGAAGAGUCUCAAGAUGGAAUCUGAUGUCCAGCGACUGGAGAGAGAUAUCCUCAAUGAGAAAGACAAGAUUCAUUCAAAGGACAGUAUCAUCCGAGAGCUUACAGUCAGCAUACAAAAGGAAGACCACUCAGAGACCAGAACCAAAGAAACAAAUGUUUCCACAAAGAUCACCAUUUUGGAUCCAGAAACUGGCCGGGACAUGUCUCCUUAUGAUGCAUACUUGCAAGGACUCAUAGAUCGUCAACAAUAUACCCAUCUGCAGCAGCUGGAGUGCGACUGGGAAGAGGUCACUUCAAUGGGACCUGACGGCGAGACCACAAUGCUGCAAGACUGCAAAAGCGGCAAGCAGUAUUCCAUAAAAGAAGCGUUGAGAGUGGGCCGAUUGACAGACUACGACCUACAGAAGUACAAACAAGGGAAGCUGCCCAUUUCUGAAUUUGCGUUGCUUGUUGCAGGCGACAAUAAACAAUCUGCAGUCACUUUUCAAACGUCUUCAACUGUGAAGUCUGCUCCUCCUUCAGGUAAAGGACCGAGCCCGAUUGCUGGAGUCAUGGAUACAACAACUGGCACUUGCUACACAGUACGCAGUGCCACCGCGCAUAAAAUGAUAGACCUCAUAACGGCUCAGAGGCUGCUGGAGGCUCAGGCGGCCACAGGGGGCAUUAUAGAUAUCACCACUCAAGACAGAUGCACAGUUCACAAGGCAUUGUCCAGAGGCCUCAUUGAUGAUAGUCAAACUCAGAGGCUGCUCAAUGCACAAAAGGCCUUUUCGGGAGUGGAGGAUCCUUUGACCAAAGAGGUUUUGUCCAUUGGAGAAGCUAUCCAAAAAGGCUGGAUGCCAAAGGAUACGGCCAUACGUUACAUGGAGGUACAGCACCUGACAGGAGGCCUGGUCAAUCCCAGAAACAGCAGCAGAGUGAGCAUAAUGGAUGCCAUUGGGGCCAAAAUGAUUGACAGCACUCUGCUGAGAGAACUGCAGUCAGAAUCUGCUUACACUAAAGAUAUCACUGACCCACUCACGAAGGAGAAGAUUAACUACAAGCAAGCUCUUGAACGCUGCAAGAGAGACCCACAGUCAGGCUUAGUCAUGCUGCCUGCAUCGUCCAAAGAACAGAGCUACUCCUCAACGUACACAUCUAAAUACGCACGGUUCUAGACAUGUUUACAGAACAAAUGCUUGUGAUUCACUGCUACUACUUAUUUUGUCAUGUUAUCUUAGACUAAUGAAAUUGUAUAUUAUAACUCAGGAAACUACUGCUGGGCCCUUUUGUUUACUUAAAAUGUUGGGCAGUUGUUUGUUUUAAUUUAAAAAAUGAAAAUGCAUGUCAAAUGUAUUGUUUUUUGUGAAGGGUCCUGGGACGUGGUGCAAUGGCAUUUACAGAUAUGAUUUGUGUUUGUAUUAUUCAUGGGUUUUAUCUUUGACAUUUUAACUGAUAUUCGAUGAAGGUAUGAAUAACAAUAAAUCUAAAUUAUGCUGACAA